AUGUCAGCAGAGCGACAGAAAGAUCUGGUAAUAAACCGCCUGCCCAUCCUCUCAACAAACUUCGUCUUCCCCGACUUCUCCCAUUUCCGACAUGGUGAAGCCUUGCUCGGAUUUUCACUGUUCACAAUUUGGCUUUCGAACUUCUUCGCCAUCCCUCUUCUCAGCUGUUUCUUCCAGGAGAAGUUCUACAUUAUUGACGGACAAGGUGUCUGGAGAUGGGCCUCAGUUCAAUAUGUGGGCUGGACAUUGGUGGGAUUAUAUAGUAUUUUGACACUAGGCCUGGUGAUGCUUUUUGUCCGUUUCCUCCGUUGCUGGUCUGGCUUGAUGUGGGAUCCCGUCAGCAUCGCAGACUUGGUCUCGAUCAUUCAGCGGUCAAAUAUCCUUCACGAUUUUGAGAACUCCGAGACAGUCCCCUCAGUGCGAGAGUCGCUUGACCCCCGAGUCCUUCGACUGGGAUACUGGAAACUCUCAAGCAAGGCCGAGGUCUUUUACGGAAUCGGCGAAGUAAACGCGCCUGUGCGCACCCCGUCUCUCCAUCAGACUGGCAAAACACCAGAAACCCAAUCAAAAGGACUUGCCCAUGUUCGCUUUGACAUUGAGCAGAACGGUGCAUUUUCCAAUGAUCCAAACGAACACCACCCAUUCUCGCCAUCUGCCCGUUACCGCUGGACACCUUGGUUCCUACGCAAAAUCUCAAUUUUAAUUUGGACUGUCGUUGUCUUCGCCCUUUUUAUCGCCUUCGUGGCUGUUAGCUUCAUCAACGGUGCCAUCAAGGGUGGCUUCCCUCCCAAGCUCCCAACCCUCCCAUCGACAACUGCAUUUUCAUCCUCCAAUUUCCUCUACAGCUUCAUUCCCGCCCUAAUUGGCAACGUACUUUUCCUCGCUUGGCAACCCGUCGACGUAUACAUCCGAGCCCUCCAGCCAUACGCUGAGCUCUCAUCCCCUGGCGGCACAACUGCCGAACGAAGCAUUUUACUCUCUUACCCAUCCUCCUAUCCACUCCAAAUCACCAUCCAGGCUAUCAUCAACCGCCACUUUAAAGUUGCAUUUGUCUCCCUCAUGAGUCUGCUAUCCCUAGGAAUCCCUAUCCUCGCUGGUGGCGUCUUCAUUGCCCUCUGGUUCCCAUCUCAUGAUGACAUCCGCAUUUCCGCGUUCUUGCCUGCAUUCUACGCUUUAGUUGGCUUUUGUGGCUUAUAUGCCGUAUCUUUCGUGGCAAUCUGGCCCGGCCGUCGUCGCUAUCUCCCUCACGACAUCACCACCUUGGCCGAUGUGAUGAGUUAUCUUUAUCAGUCACCCCUUCUGUCUGAUAAGAUCCUACGCGAGCCCCGGAGCAAGACAGACCUCGUCACUCGUCUUAUUGUUGCUCCGCCCUCCGAGCGCCAGCUGCCUUUGUACAGCUUUGGCAUCUAUGUUGGUCGUGAUGGAAAGGAGCAUCUUGGCAUCGAUCGCUUCCAUCGGCCUGGUCGCAGUGACAUGCUUGUUACCACGGGUAACAUGAAAUGA